UAUAAUAAUUGGAACAGUCAAAACAAAGAAUUCCGGCAAUGUGCUCUUUUUCCUCCCAUCAUCCAUAAAGUUAAUUAGCCAACUCAAAAGAAGCCAAACACACAAACAACAACUCUAAAAACAUUCUUUCUUUUCCAUCGAAGAAGACAAUUAAUUACCUUCUUCAGACAAUCACUUUUUUUGUAAUAAGCCCUUUUCUUUGUCUUAGCUUAUAAGCUUCUUCUGAAACAAAAAACAUUCAUCCAUAUGGAUAGUGCUCAUCAUCUUCAAUGGACUCAGGUGCAAACUCAUCAUGAAUUUGGAGUGGCGAAAUCGAUGGCGGAAGGCGGCGGUUCGGGUGCAUGCACAAUGGCACGGCCGCCGCAAGUAGUGGAGAGGAAAUUAGUGAGACCACAAAAGGACCAAGUGACAAACUGUCCUAGGUGUCAAUCAACAAACACCAAGUUUUGCUACUACAACAACUACAGCCUCACUCAGCCUAGAUACUUCUGCAAGACUUGCCGACGCUAUUGGACCGAAGGCGGAACCCUACGGAACGUCCCGGUUGGCGGCGGUUCAAGAAAGAACAAGAAACCUAGUAGUACUACAUCUUCUUGUAAUAACAACUCACCUUCUUCUUCGUCAAUGGCGACGAUGCCACCACAAUUAAGAAUCCCUGAUUUGAACCCUCCAAGCAACAUUUCCCUUUUUUCUUCCCAAAACCCUAAAAUCCAUGAUCAUGAUCAAGGGCAUGAUCUCAAUCUUGGUUAUAACCAACAAGACUACCAUCUUCAUGGGAAUAAUAAUAAUAAUAAUAAUAUUUCUCAGUUUCUUGAUUUUCCCAAGAUUGAUUCUUCUUCAUCUUCAUCAGCCCUAAAUUUUCUGAGGAGUGGAAUUAAUAAUAAUGGAGUUAGGGGAUUUAAUUCAUUCAUCCCUAUGGCUCCGGGUACUCUAGAAGCCAAUUCCCUUUUUGCAUCGUCCGGUUCGCUUGCCUUUUCCAAUCUAUACGGAAACCCUAAUAAUCAAGAUCAGACGGCGCAGGAAAAUAUUAAUGGAAGCCUAAUGUUUACAUUGGGAUCGACAACUAUUAAGCAGCAUUCAAGCAGUACAAGUACUGAAGCAGAUCAUGAUCAAGAAAAGGGACAUGAUCAGAUUAAUAAUCCAAAUGGAUUUUGGAAUGGAAUGUUGGGUGGAGGAGGCUCUUGGUAACGACGACGGAAUUUCGAAGAGCGCGAGAAAAUAUAUUAUAAGAUGCAAUAUUAAUACUUUUUCUUCAUCCUCCUUUUAUUUUUUUUAAAGUUUGGUCUUUUGGUUUUUUUCUGUGGUUUGGUUGGAGUUGUUGUUGAUUAAGAACUAACAGGCAUACUGCAUAGAGUGUUAUGUAUAUCUUAGUUUCUUCACUUUAAUUACUUUUUUGAAUUCUUGUAGUGUUUGUUAUAAUUAACAAAAAAAGAUGUUUUGUAUGUGUGUGGUAAAUGGUAAAUUUGUGGAUUUUAUACAACUCCGUACUUGUCAUUGAUGAAAUUUUUUGUGCUUUGUAUU